GCUGCUCCUCACCUUCACCCUUCACCCCUCAGGUCCAUUCCUCSCCUGGUCCCUCCUGGUCAUCCCUCCCCUCCUUUCCUUGUCCCCUGACCCCAUCCCUGUCCCCUGACCCUGUCCCUGUCCCCUCAGGYGAGUACUGGAUCGACCCCAACCAAGGCUGCAACCUGGACGCCAUCAAGGUCUUCUGCAACCUGGAGACGGGCGAGACGUGCGUGUACCCGACCCAGGCGUCCAUCGCCCGCAAGAACUGGUACCUCAGCAAGAACCCCAAGGAGAAGAAACACAUCUGGUUCGGCGAGACCAUGAGCGACGGCUUCCAGGUGGGCGUGAGGGCCGGCAGGGCUGGGGACAGCUCGGUGGUGACCACUGGGUGAGGGUCAGCAGGGCUG